AUGGGUCGUAUGCAUGCUCCCGGUAAAGGUAUCGCAAGAUCAGCUCUGCCAUACCGACGUACUGCUCCUUCUUGGUUGAAGACUACGCCUGAGGAUGUCUGCGAUCAAAUAUGCAAACUUGCAAAGAAAGGCAUGACACCUUCUCAGAUUGGUGUUAAUCUAAGAGAUGCCCACGGUAUCGCGCAAGUGAAGAAUGUUACGGCUAAUAAGAUUUUAAGGAUUCUUAAGAAACAAGGUCUAUCUCCUGAAAUUCCAGAGGAUCUCUAUCAUCUUAUAAAGAAAGCUGUUGCAGUUCGCAAACAUCUUGAACGUAACCGAAAAGACAAGGGUGCAAAAUUCCGUCUUAUUUUGAUCGAAUCGAGAAUCCAUCGUCUGUCAAGAUAUUACAAGCUCAGUGGUCAGUUGGCUCCCAACUGGAAAUAG